AAUUCUUUCUGUAAUAUUUGAAAAUCUAACCUGGCAUCUCUGCCACCGUCGUUUGACAGGCGAGAUAUUUUGUAUUCAAUCCCGCCAAUCGCAUUUCGUUGGAUUGUCGCUGGCACAAAAAUUAACCGUCGUUUUUAACUAGUGUUAUUCUCUUUCGCGUGCUUCGGGCAUAAUUUUAAAGAAGUUUGCGUUUUUUUGUGUUUGUAGCUAGAAUUAUUUAAAAUAGUUGUUAACAUUUAAUUAUAAGUCAAUCUAAUUCGGAGGAUUCUCAGUGUAUCCAUAGUGAUGGUGUGUGAAAUCUGAAAUCUAACUAGUUGAUAAUGGAACUAUCAAUUAUUGCUCAGUUCGAUGAGCUCCGACGAUGCUCGGAUGUGUUGCGUGAGGGAACGGCAGAAUUAGAAUUUCUCAAGUUUGUACAACUUCAAGAUGAAUGUCGCUUACAAUGGCUGAAAGCCGUUCAAGAAGCUCAGAGAUUACAGCGUGAACUUGAUUCAGCUUUAAGGCAGAUGUCUGAUCUGGAUACAAAACUGUUUCUUGCGCGCAAGCUGCUUGACGAGGAAAGUAAAGCAAGGAAACGUGCUGAACACGAAAGAGAUGCUAUCGAGAAAAAAAUGGGAGCUGUUUAUGAUAUCAUGAAGAACGAACAAGACAUUAAAAAUGAAACAAGAGAAAGACUUGCUUUUAUGAAUGCAUAUUCUUAUAAACGUAAAUCGGCGCACGAUCGAGGGGACAAACUCGGAAAUGAUAUUAAUUCCACUGGAUCUUUUUUGUCAGAUUUAUCCCUAACUCAAUCGGAAGAUGAUUUUGCCAAUGUAAAAACCAACAGAAACAGCUCUUGGAGAAGGCAUCGGCCGUCCUACUCUGCUGCUGUCGGUGUAGGAAGUAAGCGAUCUCGCCUUAGUCAAGAUGCUUCUAAAAGAAUAAGUACCAGUGAAAGCAAGAAAGUCAUUGAGCUUGGUCCGAAUGAAAAAAUUGUGGCACAUACAAAAGUGUCUGUUCCUCAAGACGAUGGACCAAUUUUAGCAGAAUCCAUUAUUCAGGCAAUGCCUCCACAACAUAACGGUUCAUUUGAGCAACAAAAAGCGACUCCUAAGAAUAUCAUAGAAUCUAAGGAGAACGUAUCGCCUAACCCUUUCAAGACGCCCUCGAAAACCGACUCCAAGUUCUCGAAGAUGAAUAUGUUUACGCCAUCUGCUCCUCCAAUUGAAGAAGUGGAACCGGUUUUUAAUGGAAACAACAUGACUCCAACUGUAAAGCGUAGUAUUAUGAGACAGCACGCGUUUGCUGGAAAAACAUUUCUUAAGUAUUCCGAGACUUGUACGCAAUGUCAACAAAGAAUACGUUUUGGAUCCGUUGGUUUACGAUGUCGGGAAUGUAAGGCUGUAGUUCACUCGGAUUGCAGGGAUCGGCUGACGAUUGCUUGCGUGCCUCAGAGCUCUGGAACACCAACACUUAAAGGUAAUCAAGCGGGCUGUUUAUCGGAUUAUACGCCGAAUGUUGGUCCAAUGAUACCUGGGCUUAUUGUACAUUGCGUCAAUGAGAUAGAAACAAGAGGGUUGACCGAAGUGGGCAUCUACCGUGUUUCCGGAUCAGAACGAGAAGUUCGCACGUUAAAGGAAAAAUUCCUUCGUGGUAAAACCGUACCUAACCUGACGAAUAUCGACAUUCAUGUACUUUGUGGAUGUAUAAAAGACUUUUUACGUUCACUUCGAGAACCACUCAUCCCGCAAGCAUUAUGGAUGGACUUUUCGAACGCAGUUCAAGUGACAUCUAACAAACAGAAGCAGAAAGAACUAUUCGAUGCUAUUGCCAGAUUACCCCAGCCUAAUCGCGACACGUUGGCUUAUCUAAUACAACAUUUUCAGCGAAUAGCUGAGUGCAAGGAUGUCAAAAUGCCUUUGGAAAAUCUCGCAAAAGUUUUCGCCCCUACGAUCAUUGGUUACUCAAAUGCCAAACUUGAUACUCAUGUGGUGUUCGCCGAGACAGUCAUUCAGUGUAAUAUUAUGGAUAGUUUGCUAAAUAUACCAACCGAUUACUGGUCACAAUUUGUUAACGUCGAGGAAAAUACACAGGAAGAAGAACAAAAGCAGUGCGCUGCAUUGGCGAUGAAGAGUUAUCUUGGUACGCCAUUAUUGAAGAGUAGUAAACGAGAGCGUAAAUUUUAUGCAACACCGCCUUAUCCGUCUAAAAAAAAGUGAAGAUAGUAGAAAUAACUUUCAUCGAUUAGUACUUAUGUGUUAAUGUUUUGUAAGUGAUAAUCUUGCAUUUGUUUCUGAAUCAAUGUAAAUGCUGCACAUAAUUACUGUAUUAAAUCAUAAAGUAAAAAACAUCUAGAGAUCUGUCUCUGAUGGUUUUUCGAAGAGCCGUUAGUGACAGAAGCUAUCUGCUGACAAACGGUUGUGUAAAUUCACCAACAAUGUAUAGACAUUUUUUUUCGUUUCACUUAACCACUGCAUGUACUCGAUGUAGUACACCCAUCCUGUAUUUUAGUGUAUCACUACAGUAAAGUUUCUAAGAUUAUUUACAUUUGUAUGACACUCAAAGGUAUUUGGCUUACUAUUUUCUUAAUAUUUGAACAAACUCAUUACGUUUCCUAUCGUAGAAAUAAAGUAAAAUUGAGUUCAUACAAAAUGGAGUAGAAUUAUUUUUUGUUAAUAGAGUCGUCAAACGAGUCCGUGUUGUGGUUUAAUAUAUAGUAUGCGUCUAUUUUCUUUUAGUGGGUUCACUUCACACGAAAGACAUGAAUUUCACUGUAUAGUUUGUUCCAGUAUAAAAUACGGGCACUUUAAAAUGAUGUGUAAAAUACAAUAGGAUUCAAUAAUAAUCACUACAGCGGAUAGAAAAACAUAUGUGUAGUGAAAAUGAACAUGAAUUGCAUUUAAUGUGUGAACUUCUUUAUACAAUUACUAGUUCUUUGCUUGAUAUAAGAAUGCACAUUGAAUUGAAGACUUUUUUCAUUUGAUACAACCGUUUCCGUUAUUAUCAGUGUUAAGGUUAC